CUUCGGCUCUUACACUUUUUCUGGGACACCCUGUAUAAAUAGAAGCAGGGUCAGCUUGGAUGCAGGGCUUGAAGAAAGUGAAAGUAUCAAUUAAGCAAACGGGAAUCAUGCGUGAGUUUUACAAGAUUCGUGGUGGGAUCUGGUCACGACGUUUGACUUCGCGGAGAUCGAGUGGUGCAGUACCGUUCGAGUCACUCGAGGCGAUCAUUUCAAAUUCGCGUUUCGAACUUUUGUCCGUUUAACCGCGGCGAAAGAAUCAUGGCAUUCGCUACGAGAAACUUAGGGUUCGGAGUAUUGGUCGUGGCUUCUUUAACGCUUCUGGCGGACUGUUUCCCUGAUGGGGCGCCGGUGGACGUUUGCGUGAAGCCGAAUAAAACUAACGAACCUAAUCAUGGCUCAGCGGUUUCGCAACCAACGAAUACGAGCCCUUACACAUUUGCUGCGUCGUCCUCCGAAUACGGCCCGAAUUCCCAGAUAUCUGUGACGAUCAGCGGUUCGCCGUUCAAGGGUUUUUUCAUUCAGGCACGUGACCAAGAGACGAACAGCUGGAUCGGUUCCUGGGCGCAGACCGAUAACACGAAUACCCACCCCGAGUGCAGUGCCGUGACACACGCCGAUCCUGAAGUGAAACAACAGGCCACCCUUAUCUGGAAUGCACCGCCGAACGCGCACGGUCGCGUGUACUUCACAGGCACAAUCCUGAAAGAGUACGCAACGUACUGGUCCCACCUGGUAGCCACGGUAAACCACUAAAUGUUUCCACAGCUACUUUAAGUUCGAACGGAGUUGCUUUCAACCUGAGAAUAUUGUGAUUUCUCGUGGAUGCGAGAAGCAGAGAACGCUUUCACAGCAUUACGAGCUUUGAAUUUGUAAAUCUAUCUUGUAUAUUGAUCUAUUUUUUUUAAAAGAAUAAAUAUAGUGAUACGAAA